AAAAGAAAAAGCUCAUAUUCCGUGUGCAAUUGAAAUUUUUGAAAUCAAGUGGAAUUUAUGUGAAAUCCACUGAUAAAUUCAGUUUUUUGUUCGUUUAAACGCGAUGAAUUUAGAAAAUCCCACACAAAUCGAAUCGAAAUUGGAACAAGAGAGUGGUAAUUUAUCACAAUUAAAAGAUCAUGUAGAUAAAUACCAUGAUUUGUCCACAUCAAUGUCAACAAUUCUGACAAAAUUUGAACAACGCUUGGGAAAAUUGGAGCAAACAAUAUUGCCCGUAUACAAUCAAACGGAGCAUUUACAGAAGCGUCAAAAGAAUUUACAGUCCACACUACAGUGCCUGGAAAAUGUACUAUCGCACUACGAAGCAUCACAAGAGCAAUGUAAUUUAAUUCAUUUGGGCCCAUCCGAAGGUGAUGUUGCCGAUUUUCUUACUGGUUUGGAUAAAUUGAAACGGGCCAAGGACUACUUUCUCAAUUACAAUCCGCAAAGUGUUGAAUUGGAAAAUGUAACGAGUCUCUUCAAUACCGGGUGCACAACGUUGGAAAAUCAUUACAAAGCAUUGCUGAAAAAGUACAGUACGGUUUUAAAACCGGUUGAUUUGCUUGAUUUGAUUUACAUCGAAGAGGAUUCAUCAAAUGAAGAUUGUACAUCAAUUAAGCAAAUGACACAAAGUACACGCGAAGAGCUAAACACCAUAUCAAAUUGGUUGGAAUAUAAUUUACGACGCGACUAUAUUGAUAUUUAUGCAGCCGAACGGUCACAAGUUGUAUUUCGUUCGUUGCAAUUGCUAAAAGAUCAUCAACGCACCGGAAGUUGGGAGAAUGAAUCAUCACGUACACGGGGUACAUAUGCUACGGGUCCGGUGAAAGUGGAACAAACACGAAAAACCACAUCAACACGUAUACAACAUUUACUCGAGCGUAAAGCGAACAAAAUGCUAAUGAAAGCAUCACAAACACUCGAACAAUCCACUGGAAUUUCAUUAAAAAAAUCCACAAACACUGAUCAUAAUGCUCAUGUUGAUAUAAUUGGCGAUCGUGAUCAGGAAUUGGACAAAUAUUUGGUGUUAUUAUUGGGUUUGCAGCGACUUUUUAUAUGGGAGCGCACAUUAAUGGCUGAAGUCAUCCCGAAAACACGGCAUAACGAUUUAUUCUCCAGAUUGGCACAAAGUUCAAUUGAAAUGGUGGUUAAAGAUGCCGAAGGUAUUACGGGCAAAGCAAUGCGAAAUAUUCAACGUAAACGAUGGUCUUCAUCGUUGGAAAUUUUCUCGGCUCUACGUCAUUUUCAAUUGCUACAGCCGGACAUUGAACGUGCAUGCGAUGUGAAUCAACGCCAACAAAUCAAUUUAAUUCUGCUGAAAUUGCAACAAACUGGUAUAAAAGCGUUGGAUCAAUUUUUGGAAUUUGUUAAAAGUGAUUCUGGUUCGAAUUUGGUUGGCAUGAGUGCAAGCACAUUAUCUUCAAAUGUUCCAAAAGAUGCCACCGUUCAUGAAUUAACGUCAAAUGCAAUUUGGUAUUUGGAACAUUUACUCGAGCAUUGUGGUGUUAUUUCCGAUUUAUUAUGCCAAGAUUCGUUCUAUGUUCAACAAUUGGAUUCAUUGUGUACGAACAAAUCGGUGUCGACAGAUGCACGCGUCAAAAUAUUUGUUGGUUUGUAUGUGAAACGAGUACUUUCCGAAUUGAAUUUGACAAUUGUAUCGAAAUGCGAACAAUAUGGAGACUAUGCCACCCGUCAACUGUUCCGUUUGAAUAACAUUCAUUACAUUUUAAAAUCAUUACAACGAUCAAAUGUGCUUGAACUAUUGCUGAUGACCGAACCAGAGUGUGAACGAAAUUAUAUGGAAUUGAUACAAGAGCUUCAUGGUUCAUAUCAACGAUCAUGGGCACGAUUGAUAUCGAUGAUUUCGCCGUUGGAAGAUCUACCCAGACCGGUCAAUGGACGCGUUAAAGACAAAGAACGAUCUAUUUUGAAAGAACGAUUUUCUGGUUUCAAUAAAGAACUUGAGGAGGCAUGUAAGAUUCAACGAGCCAUUUCAGUGCCCGAUGUCAUUUUACGCGAAGGCUUAAAACGUGACAAUUCAGAGAAUAUCAUUCCACAAUACAAUGCCUUCUUUGAGUCGUACGCUGAUGUUCAAUUUAGCAAAAAUCCCGAAAAAUACGUUAAAUAUAAACCUCAAGAUGUUUCAGCGAUGCUCGGUAAUUUAUUCGAUGACAGUUUUCAAUAAAAUCAAAGUAUAAUUUAAAAAAAUAAAUGAAUAAAAAUUAACUC